CAGCGCCGCGCUCGCAGGUCCCUUCCCGCAGCUCCAGCGGCUCCUGCCAGGAUUUUCCCAGGUCCGGCCCCCUCCUCCGCCUCGGAUUUAGGAUUAACUCGCCUAUGGAGAGAUGGUCUUAGCUGAAUUAUUUAAAAACACUUAAGAACAGGUUUUUCACCCGUACUCAGACUGCUUGAUCAAUGGAGCCCCGGAUUCCCCACAACAUCACUGUCGUCCCCAACUCUGUGAUGGUCCAGCCCUUGCUGGACAGUCGGAUCCCCUAUGGGCGCCUGCAGCACCCACUCACCAUCCUACCGAUUGACCAAAUGAAGACCACUCACAUAGAGAAUGAUUACACCGACAACCCCACCGCUGCCCAGCUGGCAGCCCAGAAGCGGCCCCGAGGCCCCCAUGAACUGGUCCUGACCAACCAGCACCCACAGCGCUGUGAGCAGGAUGUCACCCACCCCUGGAUCUCCUUCAGCGGGCGCCCCAGCUCCAUCAGCAGCAGCAGCAGCACUUCCUCAGACCAAAGGCUCUUGGACCACAUGGCCCCAGCACCCGUGGCGGAGCAGUCCUCCCCCCGAGCGGUUCGCAUUCAGCCCAAGGUGAUUAACUGCAAACCCCUGGACCUGAAGGAACCUGUGUCUCAGGAACUGGACAAGCACUUUCUGCUGUGCGAAGCCUGUGGGAAAUGCAAGUGUAAGGAGUGCGCGCUGCCCCGGACGCUGCCUUCAUGCUGGGUGUGCAACCAAGAGUGCCUCUGCUCAGCACAGAACCUGGUCAACUACUCCACCUGCAUGUGUCUUGUCAAGGGCGUCUUCUACCACUGCACCAACGAGGACGAUGAGGGCACAUGCGCUGACCACCCCUGCUCCUGCUCCCACUCAAACUGCUGUGCCCGCUGGUCCUUCAUGAGCGCCCUCUCCUUGGUGCUCCCUUGCUUGCUCUGCUACCUGCCAGCCACCGGCUGCGUCAAGCUGUCCCAGAGAUGCUAUGACCAAGUGAGCCGGCCCGGAUGCAGAUGUAAAAACACAAACAGUGUCAUUUGCAAGGCACUGCCUGAGAGCAAAGGAAACAGGCCAGAGAAGCCCUUUUGAUAGUUUGGGAGGAUGGGGAGUGGGAGGACACUCCACAGUGGCAUUGGCUCUUUUUGAUAACCUGUGUUCUGAGGAUAACAUUAGUCUUUUGCAUCUGAAGAAAGCAGAAGCAACUAUUUCCACAAACUGAAGCACUUUGGGUUAUUCAGGGUUUUGGAACUGGUCACAGUUUAAGUAGAUGGGGCCAAAGGAGGAAUCUUACUACCGUAAAGUGAAGGCUGCAAACCUAUGUAUAUCGUGAAGUACAGCUGCUUAGAAACCCCUGGUUUGGACAGACGGCUGCUCACCAUGCCUGCACACCACAAGAACCAUUAACUGCUUGCUUGGCAGGCAUGGCCGCACAAGCAAUACCCAUUCCCAGCUGCAAAAGCUGCAUUGGAUUCGUAUCCAAGGUGGGCUUCUCAGUUUUGCUUUGCUUCCAAACCGAUUUACUACCAGCAGCCCGCUGAAGGUGAUGGGUUGAGUCCCUCCACCCUCCCUCCCCACCAGCACCCCAUUAGAAGGGCCCAUUGCGCACAAAGUCCACGUUUCUCAACAGCUUUCCGUGUCCCUGAAAGGUCUGGAACCACAAGCAACGAUAAGGGUCAUUCGUUUAAGGGCCUCUCCACAUUAGGCAUGUUGCUCUCUCUGAACCCACCUGGCCACGGCAAUUCGGACCCUCUUUGUAAAGCAAGCUGGUAGCAGGGCGCUGCCUGCCCGGGAGGAACGGCAGCGGGAGCUGCUCAGGCAGUUGUGCCAACACUGUGUCAUUCUGCCUGCAGCUGACCCAUAGGUUUUGCUCAAUGGAAUAGUAAUUCUACACCACCAGUACAAACCUGCUCCAGGAGGAUGUUGCUCAAAUCCCAUUUCCCAUCACACGUGCUUGCUCCCUGGUGCUGGAUCUUAACUCAUGCCACAAAUCAAAGACGUUCGGGGUUCCUUUCUCUAAACCUCUUAAGCUCUGUUGAGGAGUCACAAAAACCUGAGUGUCCAGUACGCUUGGGUGCAUUUUAUAGGGAUAUCAAUCCAGUACCUCCUCUCCUGGAACAAGCUCCUCUUUGCUCAGUAACUAUUAAGAUUUUUGUGUCUGGGGGAUGAAUGGCAUUUGCUGGAGCAGAGCCCAUUCCCCAUCUCUAUUGCUGCUGUUCGACUUCUGCCUCCUCUGUACAAAACCAUGUCUUUUUCAGUGUACAGAAUGCUGUUCAUGUUUAUUUUAAUGUUAACAAACACAUGGGAAAGCCAGGGAAGAGAAGAGAGGCUAUUUAAAGAGUGUGCCCAUGGUUUUCAGUAAGCGGGCUUUGCCUGUGCACUCAUCCUGGGGCUGGUUCUGCAUGCCCUUUGGAUGCAGCAAUCCCUGAAGAUGCAGUAACCCCUUUCUCUCGACAACUACAAGGUGCUAAGUAAAAAUCUGUGUCCAGCCAUGCAACACUCAGAAGCGGGCAGGUACUGGUUGCAUGCAGAAACCUGAUCUAGUCUUUUUCCUUUGUAAUUAGAGGAUGUUUCCUCAGUAAAUGCACAGCAGUGACAGUGAAAUGUCAUCUCCAAUUAGACAAGCAAUAGGCAGAGCUCAUGUAGCAUUUCCAGGAAUCCCAUUGACUUGGUUGCAAUACAGUUGCUGCGUAUGGGUUGGCAGGAGGGUACUGAUGGGACUUGUGGUGUCUUUUGGCUUUGGAAUUCAGUCAACCUGGAUGUCUGGGGUUUAGUUAAGCUCAAUUGCAGAUACAGAUCUGUCACCAGAUACCAAGUCCUAUAGUUUAUCCUCAUGCUGACACCUCUGGGGACACCAGAAAGAAGGAAGCAGGUGGGGAUCCAGAACUGUAUUGAUUAUCUUGCACAAACUGGAGGGGAAGAGAUAAAAGGAAAACCAACCCCAAACUAGCUGAACUGUUGGUUGAAUGUAUAAGGUAUUGUAUUUAAUAAGAGAAAUCAUUUUGCUAAGAUGCAAAUAGACUAAAAAAUGCUGCCCUCCUCUAUUGGGACCAUACAGUAUCCAAACGGCUUCCACCAGUGAUUGUUUUGCCUUUUUGACCCUCUGUCCCUGGCUGUUCCUGGGGGACCUGUACUGAAAACCUGCAAUAGCAAAGCCCAUGGCUUAGAUGCAUGGUCCUUGCAAGCAAACACAACGCUGGAGUGGUCGCCACUGUGCCAAUCUACACUCAUGUACAUACACCCAGCAAUCCCAUAUGGAUUUACAUUCAUUGUACAUAGCUGUAAACUAUUUCUCUGUUGGUUUCUUUUAAUAUAUAAGUCCUGUAAGCCAGUCCCAUGCUGGAAGACUGUAAAGCAUUAGUGGAUGUGUUAGAGCAGUGGUAAAUGUAGCAGAGCAACCCUUCCUCUUCUCCUCAGCCUCUCAACCCCAUGGUCAGACCCUGCUCCAUCCGCUCAUGGUCCAAGGCAAGGAAGUGCUGAGCUCCUUGCAGAGCACUCAUAAAGGUUGGGGUCAGCCAAGGUGGGGGCUGUACUGGAGGGUACGUCUCCAGUCAAGGAUUCCUUAUCCCUUCUCUUCCCUCGUCCCAAUGCCUCCUUUCACCCAUCCCCUUUUAAGGUACUUGGGUCUCCUGCCACCCCCUGACACGUACCAUGGGCAUGGUGCAACCCCAGCUCUGGCCAUCCUCCUGCAGGUUGGGUCCUCCCUUGCAGGCUGAGGAAUGGCUAUGAGUGAGCACAAACCUUGUCAGGAUGCUUCUGGCCUCCGGCUGUGCCAGUGCAGUGGGGUGGGAUGACAAAGGCAAACAGGGAGGUGAGGGCAGGUUCCCCUGGACCAGGCACUGUGCCACCACGGGAGGAGGAGGAGGGUGGCAGGGUGCUUUGGCUUUAUCACCUUGACCUGCUCAUUGCAGGUUCAUUGCCAGGUUUUGUCCCCUGCCCACACGCAGAAGCAGGAAGGGGUGACUCCAUGGGCAAUGCCACAUCGCAUCCCUGGCUGGAGCUCAUUGCCAGCAGAGCAGCUUCAACAGACAGACAGACCCUCCCUGCACCCUCCACCCCAGUGCUGCUACAAGGAGUAGUGACUAAAUUCAACACCAUUGCUCCCCGGGCACGGGCUUUCCCACCGGACAAACCCUCACCCUUUCCCAGCACUGGGCAUUCCCCUCCUCUCCUACGCUGAUAAAGGCUCCCCCUUGUGUUACCACCCCACCACAUACACACCCUGAGAAGUUACCACAGAAGGUUUUCUUUGUAUAGAAUAUUUAUUUUGAAGCUCUAUUUUAAUAGUAUUUAUUUUAGAAAGUCUACUAUUGUAAGAGUUCUUCUGUUUGUGA